CGCUGUUGAGAAGGAUGUUAAUCAAGCAGGUCGACUGGCAUCUGAAGGAGCGUUUUCACCAUCAUCUUCUGUGUUUCGGAAAGAUAUUGCUGUCCUGCCUAUUCUAUUCUAUCCUAGUUCUACAGUAACACGGUAGAAGCAACCUUCUCGCACACUAAAUAUGCAUGAAGAUUUUGAACUUGUCCAGAAGCACGAGGAUAUUUUAGGGAAAAGGACAGCCUUGCUGGACCAGAUGGAGAUGCAGCGUCAGCAGCAGAGAGCCAAGAGAAAGCAACAGAAGGCGCAGUCCAAGGCGGCCAGAGAAAGAAACACUCAAUUACUUGAGGACCUGGACACAUUGGAGAAUAAGCUGAGAAUGAAGCAAGCACCACAUCCUGACUUCCUUACCCUGGAGACUUGCUACUGGGCGUCUGUGGAAGAGCAGCUCCCAGCGUGGGAGCCCUUCCUGCUGGGCAGAGGUCCAGCUCCCCUCCCCUGCCGGCCCUGUCAGUCACCCAGUAGACGGAGACCAGAUAGAGACGCUCCGCACUCCAGCUCCACAGUCACACACAACACAGGCCUUCCUCCGCGUCCAAAGAAGAAGCCUGCAACAGCAGCUGCAGUAUGACUCAUAAUUCAGAUCACAUAUUUAUGGUUUUUUUUUCCUUCUCCAUCUGGCAUAGCAGUUCGACGGGCAUAUGCAAACAUAUGUAUUACGAGGCGAUUAGUAAUGCCCAGCCAUAUGUAUUCCUGUUGUGAAUGUGGAGGCGUGUAUGCAAGCACCCACAUUUACCGUGGGCGUCCACGUGUGGCUGGCUUGGCGUUAUCGCCAACAAAUAUUGUCUAUUUUAAGACGACAUAGUAAACCAGAAAUGUGCAUCUGACCGGUUUCAAUGGUUGCUUUAUUCAUUAAGUGUAAACCACAUACUAGAAUAGGUGAACAGAUUUUAUAGCAGAUUUUAAACAUUUGCAAAUCAAGAAAACAAGCCCAUGAUCCAAGGUUGGAAGUUGUGAUGUAUGAAAUGAUGGCAAUCAGUUUUUUGGUAAAAGCUUUAAAAUUGUGAUAUUUAUUUUGAAAUGUGGUAUUUAUUAUUUAAAAUGAUUUGUAUUUUUAUUCAAUUGAAUGUCUGAGAUGUAUAUCUUGAAAUCAAAUUCAAAGUCAGCCUUAUCAGGAUUUUUUUCAUUUACAUUUCUCAAUCCCAUUUCUCAGACAGGAGAAACAAGACAUUGCAAUAGAGGACGUGGUAUUACAUAAUAUAUUGUGUUCUUAUAGUAACUAACAAUAUAAAUUAUAAAUGGUUAUGAUAACCACAGUAUGGUGACAUACCGUGCAGUAAAUCAUAAAUGGUGGGACAGUUGCCUUCUGUCUGGGACACCAUUUCAUUUUAACCACCAGAGGGAGACAAGAACCAUUGAAAAAUAGACAACCAGAGCACUGCUGCUCAUGAAAUGACUCUGGCUAGACAGACUUAUUUAUUUGGUCAGACGACUGAAGAGUUUGUGCAUGCAUAUUAUACAUGUUUUGUUGGAAGUUUUCGGCACACAUUGAAUGUGCCAAAAGCGAUAAAGCAGAUUUAGGUUAUGUGGAGUCUAGCAGUAAGAGGCAUUUAUUUUCUAAUAUUUUCUUGAAAUUUCAAUUUCAAACCUUUCUGUUGAAUAAACAUUUUUUUUUAACCAACUGUGACAUUCCACCACUACCCAUAGCUUUGUGUAGUUAUUAACGUGGAUGUGUUUGGGGGGGACUACCAAUCAUAUCAGACCAUCAAUCAUACCUUGUAACAGAUAUUACGUGGGAUGAUUGAGAUUGUUCAGCUAAAUUCCAAAAUUUGUAACUUUAAACUGAAACGCACACAACACCCUAACACUCGGGCCCAAUUCACACACAACCAUACACUUCUACACACACACACACACACACACACACACACACACACACACACACACACACACACACACACACACACACACACACACACACACACACACACACACACACACACACAGAGAGAGAGAGGGACACACACUAGGGUCACAUCUGUGCGUCUGUGCUCAAGAGUUUGGUGUUAAGAGUUACUUCUUCCGUCUUUCUUUUAUCCUUAUUUACACAUUCAGGUGAGCUGCUUUAACGCAUUCUAAUGACUACAUUCAUGCUCACUUGUUGAUGGUGUUUGAAACUGUGAUUUAGGAAGGUGUUACAAGUUUGUGUUUCUUUGACGUGCAAAGAAUAAAUAAAACCUGUUCCCGGAAUAAAUAAACAAAUGGUUGUAUUUAAA